ACCGCCGUCGCAUAACGGCUGUUCUCGCUGCCGCAUCCCUUCGCCAGCCAGCGUUGCACAUCGCUGGGUUGGUGUACCUGCCUGCUGACGUCUGGCCUUUUGACCAACUGUGCCUGCCGAUCUGCUGAACCAUCACCAUCACCACCAUGAAGCUCGACGCCCGCAGAGAACUUGAGCAUGUUCUCUUCAAGCGUUGCGUCGUAUGCGACUCCGGCGGCAAGAGCCUGUCCUGCGAUGGCAUGAACUGCUCUGGAGGGAAGGUCUGCAUAUUGACACCACAGAGCUGCGAUGCCUGCGCCAGCGUAUCCUGCCAAAUUGACCCCACAGCGCCAAAGAACACAUCCAGCAAGCCGAACGUUGGUGCCAUUGCUGGCGGUGUCAUUGGAGGUGUCGCUGUUAUUGCCAUUCUCGUUUUUGUUAUAUGGAAGUACUGUCUGAAGGGAAAGAGGCGGCCGAUAUCAGAGAUGGAGUGGCAGCAGGAGGAGAUGGAGCACGAAGAGAAGGCAGACAACGAUUUCGCGUCGCGGCGAAGUGCACGAGCAUCCACACACACCGUUGCCUCGAUGGCCUCGUCCGUCCUUACUCGUGCCUCCAACAUCAUUCAGAUCGCCUAUAUCCCUGGUGUCACGAACCGCUCAGGACCCGGAUCUCCCGACGUUCUCGUCCCUCCCGUACCGCCGAUUCCUGCCAUGUCUCCCUCGUCUGGCAUGGGCAGCCCUUACUCCAAUGCCGACCAGCACUUCUUCGUUCCCGACUUCCGCGACUCCAUGGCGUCUGACAGCACCGGUGGACGUCAAAGCAUUGCGCCCAGUCUUGCCCGUAACAGUGUCGCUUCAACCAUGUACCGCCAGAACGCUAUCGUUUCUCCUCUGCCGGCUCAGACGGUCGUGCGCGGAAAGGCCGCCGUUGUUAGUGUCAAGUCGAACGGCUCCAACACGCCUGAAGACGCAUUGAGCAUGAUGAGCACACCACCGGUACCUCAGAUCGAUCCUAAGCACGCGCAGCAAGUGAAGCCUAUCCGCAUCCAGAUGCCUGGCCUCAGCUCCAAGAGCUCUAUCCAGAGCACAGCAACCCUGGGACCAGUCCGCGCAUUGAAUAUCACAAAGAAGAAGAGCUCCGACACCACACCACCCAAGAGCUCAUCGAGUUCUUUCAACAGCAGCGAUAGGACAGCAGUAGCAACACCUGAGGCUCUUGUACCUCCCGCACGACCACUCACCAACUUCUCGAUAGCCUCUAGCGACUCAGGUGUAUCGCACGCACGCGCCUGUCAGACUGUCAGCUUGGCAGACUCGGACUCAGAAUCUGACGACGAGGAAGACCACCAGCGCUCCCGCCAGAGCCUGCUGCGCAACUCGCUGAGCUCGCGCGACUCGGGCGUGACCGAUAUCCAGGAUGCCACACCAACAGGUCUCGUUGAUCUUCGCAGCCCCUUCAGCGACACCCUGGCCAUCGACCGAACCGACCGACCGGCGAUAGGGUCACGCAUCACGUCUUACGACACCGACCGCUCGCGCAUGCCCAUGACACCCAUCGUCGAGGAGUCGGAGCGCCGGGCAAGCGCGAUGUCGAAGCGGGACCAGAGCCCGUUUGCAGACAACUUCAGGAGUGACCUGAAGUAGGCGCUGCUUGUGGACCUUUGAAGGAUUGGAUUGGUUAUUGGCAAGGCGUUUGGUGCAUAGC